GUACAGUGAGACCGUAUUCGCUGCUAUAUCCUUUAAGGCUGCUCCCCGUGCCAUGGCCGCUUUUAGCCAGGACCCGAACUUCCAGAAGCUACUUCAGUGGCACAAAAAGCACGGGUCUGAGCUCAACCUGCGGCGCCUUUUCGAGACAGACCAGGACCGAUUCAGCCACUUCAGCCUGAAUCUCGACACUCAGAAUGGACACAUUCUUGUGGAUUAUUCCAAGAACCUCAUCACAGGAGAUGUAAUGAAGUUGCUAAUUGAGCUGGCUAAGUCCCGAGGGGUGGAAAAGGCUCGGGAGGAAAUGUUCAAGGGAAAGAAAAUCAAUUUUACAGAGGACCGGGCUGUGCUCCACGUGGCACUGCGGAAUCGCUCUAACACACCCAUUCUAGUAGAUGGCAAGGACGUGGUACCAGAGGUGAACAAAGUGCUGGAGAAGAUGAAGACAUUCUGUGAGCGUGUCCGUGGUGGAGAGUGGAAAGGCUACUCUGGGAAGACAAUUACAGAUGUGAUCAACAUUGGCAUUGGAGGUUCUGACUUGGGUCCUCUGAUGGUGACAGAAGCACUGAAACCCUACUCCAAAGAUGGUCCUCGUGUCUGGUUUGUCUCCAAUAUUGAUGGUACCCAUAUUGUCAAGACACUUGCUGAACUCAACCCAGAAACUUCUCUUUUCAUUAUUGCCUCAAAGACGUUCACCACCCAGGAAACUAUCACCAAUGCAGAGACAGCCAAGGAUUGGUUCCUUCAGGAAGCAAAGGAUCCUUCAGCUGUGGCAAAGCACUUUGUGGCCUUGUCUACAAAUGCACCAAAAGUUAAGGAGUUUGGAAUCGACACUGAAAAUAUGUUUGAAUUCUGGGAUUGGGUUGGUGGACGUUACUCGUUGUGGUCAGCUAUUGGCCUCUCCAUUGCCCUGCAUAUUGGUUUUGAUAACUUUGAGCAGUUGUUGUCGGGAGCUCACUGGAUGGACAAUCACUUUCUUACCACCCCACUGGAGCGGAAUGCCCCUGUUGUGCUUGCCAUGCUAGGCAUUUGGUACAUUAACUGUUUUGGAUGUGAGACUCAAGCCCUGCUGCCCUAUGACCAGUAUAUGCACCGCUUUGCUGCCUACUUCCAGCAGGGUGACAUGGAGUCUAAUGGAAAGUACAUCACCAAGUCAGGAGCCCGGGUUAACUACAAUACAGGCCCCAUUGUUUGGGGCGAGCCAGGGACCAAUGGACAGCAUGCUUUCUACCAGCUUAUUCACCAGGGUACCCGGAUGAUUCCUUGUGAUUUUCUCGUCCCUGUUCAGACACAAAAUCCAAUCCGGAAUGGUCUCCAUCACAAGAUUCUUCUAGCCAAUUUCCUAGCUCAGACUGAGGCCCUGAUGAAGGGGAAGACAGAAGAAGAGGCACGCAAGGAGUUGGAGGUUGCGGGCAAGAGUGGUGAUGCCUUGAAGAAACUGCUGCCUCAUAAGAUCUUUGAGGGAAAUCGUCCUACUAAUUCCAUUGUCUUCACAAAGCUCACUCCUUUCAUUCUUGGAGCCUUAAUUGCUAUGUAUGAGCACAAGAUCUUUGUUCAGGGUGUUGUCUGGGAUGUUAACAGUUAUGAUCAAUGGGGAGUGGAACUGGGAAAGCAGUUGGCUAAGAAAAUUGAGCCUGAAUUGGAUUCUGAUAAACCUGUGACUUCUCAUGAUGCCUCCACCAAUGGGCUGAUCAGCUUUAUCAAGCAGCACUGGGCCUAAAUCAUGAAGCAGAUACCUGUGACCCCUGUGACCCCUGUGACCCCUGUGACCCAGUGUGUUGUGUUGUGACCUGAUCUGUGAUGUAGUGACCACUUGGUUCCUUUCUGCCUUGUUACAGAGAUCUAUUUGUCAUCCCUUUAGGCGGGCUCCUUCCUUCUAGUCAGGAAAACAAGGCCCAUCUCAUGAGACUGUUCAGCCUGGGUUUUUUUUUUUUUUUUAAUUUUCAGUCCUCAUUGUCACAUGCAAGCUCACACUAUCCUUCCUUUACACUGAUAGAAGUGAUCAGCCUUUUCCACACUUCUCAGGGCUGAUCCUAAAAAAUAAAGUUGGCUAAAAAGAC